AUGGGGGUAGAUGCGGUGAUGAUGACAGGGACAGAUGGCAACUGCUCUCAGCAGGCGCAGCAGCAACACCAGCAGCAGCAGCAGCAGCAGCAGCAUCAGGGGGAAGAGGAGGGCUCGGGACUAGCGUCAGAUUUCACACAAGGCUUCUUUGGCCGUGUGUCAGGCUUCCUCUCCUUCAUUGACUCCCCCCCACCUGGGGGGUCUACAGGAAUUGGGGAACGAGGCAUGGAAGGGAGAGGAGGAGGAAGCGGAGGUGGCGGGCGAGAGGGAGAAGGGGGGGGAAAGGUGGGUCGCAUCGGCGUGCAUUCUCUGGGAGCUCCUCCCGCGUUGCUGCUGACAGGGAAUGAUGCCCAGGCCUGGCAGGUACUUGCGUGGCUGCAGUGGUUGAAAGGCUGUGUCCGCACUUUACCAGUGACGGUCCUUGUAACAGUGCCUAGAGAUGAAGGGAUCGUUCCUCCACAUGUGCUGCUGAGGCUGCAGCAUGCAGCAGACGUGGUACUGGCGAUGGAAGCACUGGAAGAGGACAAUGCCGAGCUGGCCAGUGGGAUCUCGGACUACAAGGACGCUCUGGGUCUCAUUCGCGUCCGCAAGGUUUCCGUGCAGAACUCCCUGGUGCCUCGCAUGCCGGCAGUGACCACUCUGGUGCUGAGAGCAGUGAACAGGAAGCGACAGAUAGUGGUGGAGGAGGCACACCCACCCCCGAUCGAUGCCACAGGGGGAGCAGCAGGUUCAAGCGGCGGGGGAGGCUCGGUUGGAUGUGGUAGUUCAGGCGGGGGAAGCAAUGCUCUGGAUUUCUGA